AUGGCAAAACUUUCCGAAUACUACGAAUACGAGUAUGACUUCUUCUCUUCAUACUCUGAAAAUUUUGAAAAUUUUACAUAUCCUAUUUAUUUUGAGGACUAUGAAGAAGAAGAAAAAUGGCUUAAGUUAGUAAACGAAGUGGCGAGAGUGUUGCAUAAUUUGAAUUUUAUAUUUUGUGUUGUCGGAUUGAAUAUUAACUUGUUGAACUGCCUGGUGAUAAGUCACCGAAAAAUGUGGACUUCUUCGAUUAACGUACUGAUGAUUGGAAUCUCGUUUUGCGACGUUUUGAUUAUUGGGAAUACUUUCGGAAUGCGGAUUUAUGAUAUCCUCCAACAAAAUGAAUGUUGGCAAAACAGUACGUACCUCAAGUGCUUGACUACAUUUACAAUUAAUUUAAUAGCCGAGGUAAUAAACCGUAUUUAUCCAUUUCUUGGUUUGUCAAUGGCAAUCAUCCGUGUUCUUGUGGUUUCUUUCCCAUUAAGCAAAAAAAUGAGCAGCCUAUCCCAAAAAGAAGUUGGAUGUGAAAUUGUUCUUAUCAUGGUUUUCCUUAGCGCGGUAAUUAGUGUUUGGUAUAAUGCGAGGUAUUCAAUAUUGAAGAAUGGUUUGUGGGUUCCUAGGAAGAGAUGCAAUUAUCCGCCUGGUUAUACUGAAUUGCAGUAUGCAAUUCGAGUUGGGCGAAAGAUUAUAUUCACAGAAAUGAUGUCUCAAACAAUAUUUGCAUAUUUGAAUGGCUCCUUGAAUAUAAUCCCAGCUGUCUUGUACCCAGUCGUUGCCAUUGUCUUAGUAAUACGACUUUUAAAAAUGAGAAAGGAUAGAAAAAAUGUGAUAAGUCGACGGCAGAAUGUUAAAAGAGAGCACACGACAACUCUAGUCAUCCUAUUAUCAAUUACAUUCUUCAUAUCUCAAUUGCCUUCUGGAAUAUUCCUAUGGCUUGGAAAUCUCUACAAGUUCAACACUGUCGUGAGAAGUAUUGUGUUCGAAGGAAAAAAUGUCACCUCAAUUUUGUUUACGGUUAAUGCCACGUCACACUGUAUCAUUUUUGCGGUACUGAGCUCCCAAUAUAGCCAAGUAGCAAGAGAAAGGUUCAGAUGUUGCAGAAAAAAGGCACGUGGCACACCAACUGGAAGCAAAUGGACCAACACUAUCACUGUCUGA